AUGAAUUUGUUGAGCAGCAUCACUGUUUAUUUCAUUGGGAGUGCAUGGCUGGGAAAAUAUUCUUUCAAGAUAUUAUCUGGAUUUGGAGUGAAUGGAGCACAUAAAAAUAUAGAAUAUGAGGAUUGCAAGGUGGUUAUCGAUAAAGAUGGUGUUCUAGAGCAAAUGAAUCCUGGAAAAGGAUACAUUGACAUGUCAACUGUUCAUGCCGAGACUUCCUCAAAAAUUAGUGAGGGGUGGGGCAAUGUGAGGGAGAUGGGACGCGAGAAAAAAUUGCCAUCCAUAAUUCAUGGUAGAUUCAAGUUCAGCAUCGACUGCUUCAAUUCAAGCCUUCUGAAAAGUGCAAUGCUCUUUGCAAAAUUCCUCUUCCCGAUACGUUCCUCGUACUAUUCUUACUCCUUCAAUGACCCCAGUGACCCACCUUCUAGGGCGAUACCCGAAGCGGGAUCCGGAAAUAUUGAUGAAUCUUCCGAAAAACCGACUUUUGUCGACGAGUGGGGGGAGAAGUCGGAGCCGGAGCCCGAACCUGUGUCAAAAUUCUCGGGCCCGGAUCCUCCGAGGGACGAGGAUGAGUGGGCCGGGAAGGACGUGGGCAACGGGAGCCCGGACGUCGAAGUGAGUGGUGGUGUGAGUUUGAAGGAAGAUGGUGAUAGGAAGCUUUACGAGCUGAAGAGGGCACUGCUGGAUACGGUUUAUGGGUCGGACUUUGGGUUCCGUGCAUCUCCAGAGGUCCGGGCAGAGGCUCUCGAGCUCGUUUUGCAGUUGGAGGCCUCCAAUCCGACUCCCGCACCCACCGACAGCCCCGAAUUGCUCGAUGGCAGCUGGGUUUUAGUGUAUACAGCAUUUUCUGAAUUAUUGCCUCUGUUGGCAGUAAGCAGCAUUCCUUUGCUGAAAGUUGAUAAGAUUGGCCAAGAAAUUGAUACAAGCAGCCUUACCAUAGAGAAUUCCACCACACUGUCAAGCCCUGUUGCUACUGUCUCUUUUAGUGCUUCUGCGUCCUUUGAAGUUCGAAGCCCAUCAAGAAUACAGGUUGAAUUUAAGGAAGGGAAAUUUAAUCCUCCAGAAAUCAAGUCCAGCAUAAAUCUUCCAGAAAAUUUGGACAUUUUUGGCCAAAAAAUAAAUUUAUCGCCUUUGCAGCAAUCUCUGAAUCCCAUUCAAAAUGCUGUGGCAAGCAUAGGACGGACUAUUUCUGGUCAGCCUCCUCUCAAGGCUUCUAUUCCCGGAAGGGAGUCCACUUCUAGAUGA